AUGGCAGAUACUACUAUAACCAAUGAAAUAAACAUUAAUAUCAAGGACAUUUCUAACACAGAACUUCCAUACUUUGAAAACUUUAAAGGCAAAACUGAGCCUAAUGAUGGUUACUGUAACCUAAAUGCUUACUACUUUCAUACCAUCAGUGUGAAGAAAUUCUUUACCACAACGAAACUAAGACUACAUGUUAUCCAUCAGUAUGGAAAAACUUUAGUAGGAAACUUGAAGAAUAAAGCCCUUUCUGUAUUUCAUGAAAUGAAUGAAAAGAUUGGUGAAAGUUUCCAAAAAGAAAUAAAAGUAGUGGAUCAACUGGCAGAAUUCCUUCACUCUGAAAUUGAGCAAGAAACCAAGAUUCAAGAGGAGUUAGUAAUUGUAAAGGACCAACUUUUUAUUAAUACAGGCCAUAUUAUGUUCUCUCCUCCACAACUAUCACCCAUACCUGAAUUCCAGAAAUGUGUCCAUCCAGCACAUUUUACAAUUACAAUGGCUUGUAAUUUAUCUAGAAAGUUCUCAGAGGUGGCUCCUUCAGGUCUGGUUACCAUGGUAACACUGGUAGAUAUUCUUUGUUAUCUUAUUGCUUCACAAUCAAAUGAUAGAGAACUUCCACUUGAAUGGUACCAGCUAACUCCAAGACAGGUUGAGAUGUUCUGUGAGAAUCUGGUUGCUCGCUCGGUGUGUAUAGACUGGCGUUGGUUUCUUCUUUCUGUGUCAUCUAUCCCUACUUUAUCAUUGGACAGACUGUUAACUCUGAAAAAACAGUUCACUGAAUUGGAUAAGGAAAAGACUAUGAAGUUAUCACUAGAAAUCUUCCAUGAUGUAUGUGAAAUGCUUCUAGAUCAUUGA